AUGACAAACAGCCCUGGGGCCUAUCAUGCCACCGCCGAAAACAACCGUAACAUUGGUCACGCAACAUCAGCGACAUCGGCGUCGACGACGGCUCAAGGACGCCGUGGUCAGGCGGACGCGUCUCACUAUAUCAUGCCCGCAGACCCGUAAGAUUCAAACGUUUUUUUAUUCAUGUUAUUUGUUUUUAAUUUUACGUCAACAAUUGUACUUCAGACGCAAACCACAAACAUAACACAGGAGACGUUAGCAAGAGCCCCUCACAAGUAAAUAACCCCCAUGAGCAGCAUAGUUUCGUCUCUAGAGUCGAAAUUUCAUCCAGCCGACUUGUGGCUGUAUAAUGUGUUUCAUAUAUUAUAUUUUUAAUUGAUCUGAAAUAAUUAUAUGGUUAUUUGACUAGUUUAUAGCGUUUUAAUUUGUUAAGUGUAUCUCCUGUGGAAACAUGUAACUUGAGAAUACACAUUUUUUGAAAAUAGGUUGAAUUUUUAAACCUUCAAAGGGCUCCAAGAGGGACCCUUGAUACUUAUACAACAUGCAUAUUUCAUAUAAUUUCUUUCCCCUGACUUCAUUUAGAGUUUGUUAGGUUAUAAAGCGGAAAUCACUCUCCUGACACAACGGUUUAGAUAGUUAAAAAUUCGUAUUAAAAUUCAACCGUAACAUUAUCGCACCAAUCCUCCAAUUUCUUCCGAAUUUCGUUUUAAGGUAUCCACUAACAGUAUCUUUGAGUGGCAGGAAGAAGAUACAACACAUAUAGCAGGUACAAAACAAGUUUCAUUUCCGCAGAAAAUUAAUAACAACUCUAACAAACACGAAAAUGUAGUGUUUCUUCGCACACAUGCCAUUAGCUGGCCUAACGGGUGACUGGAAAGAAAAAAUCUAGUUCUGGUGUGGCGUUGAACCAAAGAACACCUUAAUAUCAUACUUCGUUUUCGUAUUUAUAUUGUUUCUUAUUUUUAGAUUAUAAAAUUAAGUUCACCUUGUUUAGUUGUGUCUUAAAACUUUUUGUCCCUUAAGUGAGUACUUACAGAUGCGUUACCCUAGCAUCACCGUGUAAAAAUUUCGUUUUGCUAAAUUUGUAUUAAUUAAGAUAUAAUUUAAAAUAAAAUUCAUUAUUAUAACUUUGAAAUUGGAUUUUCAUUGUCAUGUCAGUUUCAAUAAAAUAAAAUCGGAUGAAAACAGUUUUUGCUUCUCAUAAAAAAUUUCAAAAUUGGACUUGGUCUUUCUGUCUCUAAGGUACAAUUUUACAUACCAUUACCAUCAUUUAACUGAUUCAUUAUUAUUAUAAACAAGUACCUUACAGACUUUGGAAAGUUUAGAAAAGGGAUUUUGUGGUUGUUUUGUUGUUUGGAUCAUUGGAUAUAUAUAUAUAUAGGUAAAAAAUAAAAUCAUGUGUACAAAAGAGUUUCUUCCAGCGAUGUUUGUAGGCAAUUAAUGAAUUAUCGUCUACUGGUGUAGUAUUUUCACGCGUGUUGUUUACUUCCGGCCAAAACUGAAGGAACCUUUUCACAGACAUUCUGUGUUUGGUCCGUUAUUUCUCGUAAAACGUGUAUCUGAAAAUCACACUGGUCGCCUUUACACGGUGGGCGCGCGCGUCUGAACGGAUAAUUUUAACAUUUUCGAGUCCUAAAUAAAUAUUAACCACGAAUAAUCAUCUCUUCCUUGUGUGUUAUAACACCUAUGUCGGUGAUGACUUAUCUCGUACGACGUAUACUCGUCGUUCGUUCGAGUGCGGUUAACCACCUUAAAACUUAAAACGGGCAUAGUUAAUAAUUAUUUCGGAAAUAAUUACGUUAUCACCAUUCCAUACAGUAUAAGUGUGUGACGGUGUAUGUCAUGUUUCUAUUACCCUUAUUUACUUCAUCGAAGCCAAACAUUAUGAUGUUUGACCUACAAUCAAUCCUUUCCAAAGAAUGAAUUCUCCGUGACGAGCUUAGUAAAACGUGAUGAUGAUAUAGCUUAUACAGAUAUUACGAUAUAUACAUAUACAGGAUGAUUUUUUAUAUCCAGCAAUUAUGUCUACGAAGGUAAGAAUGAUUUUGGUUUUUUUUAAUUCAUUAUAAUUAGUAUUUUUUAUUAUCUUAUUUAUAAUGUACUUUCGAAAUUUGACCAUUAAUCCGUACAUCAUAAAUGCAAUCGUUCCAACUUUUGAUUUUAAAAUAGAAAACUCAUUUCGUUUCUUACUGAUUAGAAAAUAAAAUAUAUAUGUAAAUUUUUUUUAAAUACUCCAUGUGCAUAAUAAAUUAUAAAGAAUUCUUUAAUAAUUGAAAAAAAAAAUAUCAGAAUUCAAAUUCAUACUUAAAAUCCGUUGAUGAAAAAAAAUACCAACCUGUAUAGUGAAAAACUUCAAAAUGUCGAUUGCUUACAAUAGUUUUGCCUAAUGUGUUUUUUAAAUUUUCUUUUCGUUGUGCUAUUGAAAAAAAAAAACAUUAUCACCAUUGGAAUAAACGUUCAAUGACUAAGAGUUCCGAACUUGUUUAAAUUUCAAUAUCAAAUAAAAGGAAUAUUUUUUUUCUGCUUGCCCCUUUCAAUGAAACGCCUGUCUCAUUCACGUUCAUUAGCUUGAUUUUUUUUUUCUUUUUAAUAACGCGGCCGUUGUCAUUUAUCUGACAUAAUCGUUAUAUAUCAAUUGUUUGUCUCUGAAUUGCGAAUCGUUCGUUAUAAUGAUUCGCUCUCUUUCUGGGAGAAAAAAAAUAAUCAAGCCAACACAACGACGUGGCGUGAUUAUUACUAACUAAUCGAUACAGCGAAAACAAUUAUGAUUUAUUGGAGAAAGUACGGAUAAUGCGAUGACCGUAACGACAUUUUGUUACAACGAUGUGACGUAUUUUUAAUGAACUUCGUUUACUAUAGUCACCGAGGAAAAUGUACCACCAAACGAUUUGGAAAAAAGGGGGAGAGUCACAUGUAAAUUAUUAUACGCUAUAUAUAACUAUUCUAAAUUCUAUAUAAUUAUGAUUUUUAAACUGUAUUAACUCCUAACUUUAGAUUCAAUCUUCUGGACUCCUUAAUUUUGUUUUGUUUUGGUACUCUAUUAUAGGAACGUUUUCGUUUUCAUUUUGUAACUUCACGUACCCCGAAAUUGGUAUUAUACAUAGUGGUUUUGUUUUACCACAGACUGAAUAUUUAUGUAAAAACGAAAAAUGUUGAGUACAAAUUUGAUUAUGGCUUUAUAUUUUUCCAUAUAACGUUAUAAUGUUAUAGAACCGCAAUCUUCCAUAUGCAAUAUGAGAAAAAUAUAAUAACAUAUUAUCGGCUAUACAGGCACUGAUUUUCCAAUAAAAAAAUAUUCGUUAUAAAUGUAUAGCCUUGUAUGUAUUUCCGAUAGAAAUAUUAUGUUCUUUCAACUACUUGGCGUUUUCAAACAUAAUAAUAAUAAUAAUAAUACUUGCCGAACACUUAAACGCACUUAAAUCCACAAUAUGAAUAAUAAUACAAAAAAAAGAAUAAGUUAAUUUUGCUGACGGGUGGGCCACUGUUUAAAGAGGGAAGAGAAAAGGAUGGAUGCAUAGAGUAAUUGUAUUUAUAUCUGUAAGAAACAAUAAACCAGUGCUUAUUUAAAACGAUUUUGAGUGAUGUUCUAUUACACAUGUUUUGAAAUGUAGUAUUUUUGUAGUUAUGAUUUUUAUAAAAGUUCUGUUUUAAAAUACUUAUAAAAAAAAACUAUUACAUACGCUCAAAUUAAUUUUUUUGAACACUAAAUUCAACUAUAAUGAAUCUGAUUUUAUAAUUUUAUUAUAUCUCAAUUUAGAAUACAUCUCUAGUAAUUUGUUUUAAGCACUACUGUUUGGUCAAAUAAUUUUAACUACAUAAAAUUUACAAAAUAAAAAAAAAUAAUAAACAGCUUUAUUUUAUUUUAAAACCAUUUAAGUUUAAUUUUGACGACAAAUCUUAAAAAAUCACGGUAUUUAAAAACAUGUUUAAACGAAUUUCUUAUUUACGUUAGAAAUGAUUUAUGUUUGCGUAGGUACAAAUAUAAAUUAUACAGCUCAAGUAACUACCCUAUCUUCCGGGCUUUCCACCAUAGUGGUACAACUGUCAGCAUGAUUAGCUCUUUUUAAUAAGUGCGCGUAUAGUCUUGGUAUACAUAACUGUUUAGUUGGCGUUAAUAUUGAAAUGUUCGCUAAUUUUUCCUGCGCACACCAUGUAAAAAAAGUAAAAUAGUGUAAACGCUCUUUUUGUCGUUUGUUUUACCAAAAGACGCGUCACGACGGCGGCAUCAGAGGUGCGAGUAUAAGUCGUGAAAUUUAUGUUCCAUAAAUAAACCAUCGUCGUCAUCCUCGCAUUAAUACGUUUCGAGGAAUGUUUUUCAUUAUUUUCCGCUUUUAAAAGAUAUCAGCGUUAAGCCUUAUUAACGAAAGUUUAUGGUAGAUGUUUGGUGUUUUAAAUUUAGCCGAAAUUUCCUAAUAUGUAAUACUUCUUACUGCAGGUUUCCCGAUAGGUUCCGUUCCAUCUCCAGUCACAUAAUAAUAAUAAUAUUAAUAUACGCUAUUAUUGUCACGAUAUUCUCAAAAACUAACAGUAUAGAGUUAAUUUUUACGAUCGGUUUCGGCUUUAUUAAUCGCGAAAUAAAAUUUAACGGUGCUUAUAUGCGCAGUCUAAGAAAUCGUAAGUAAAAGAGUAUGCGUUUUUGAAUUAUUAUUAUUAUCAUUAGACGGCCACAAAAUUUGACGAGUUCUCGUAAAAUAAAUCCAAGGUAGUAUCUAUAAGUACAGUAAGUAAUGUUGUGGAGAGUUUAUUAUAUACGCGUAUUAAACCAGCCCUCUUAAAAUCAUGUAUAAUCAUAUGAUGGUAACAGAUAUGUAACAAUGCGUAAACCGUAAAAACGGAGUUUUAGAUUCCGUUGGUUUUAGUUUCAUUUUAUAUUUUUGUCCGUAUAUAAGUUUUCGACUAAGAUGAUCCAAAGCUCUGAUCGACGAAAACAAAUCUGCUCUGUAAAAUUUUUAAUUUAUAGUUGGAGAUUAAAUGUGGGAGAGUUGUUAUUAUUAUUAUUUUUUUUUUUUGUUAAAAUAGUAUAUUAUUAGACGUAAAAUAAAAAAAUUUGAAAAAUAUCUUACUUUAUUUUUGGGUAGUUAAUUAUUAAAUAGCUUUUUGAUAUUUUCGAUUAAUAUUCAUAUUUGGUUUUUUAUUGACCACGUCCCGAGAAUGCUCGACAAUUUUACACAAAAAGUUCUUUUCACAAGUAUUCAUCACAUUCGAAAACAUUUUUCAAGCGAAUUGUAAUUAAUCAAAUAUGAUAAAAUAGUCAAUUUUCAUUUGACCACCCGUAAUUCAAAUAUAAAAUCCGUAUUCAUAUAAUAUGUGUUAGCGUGGCAAUAACUCAUGUGGAUAUUUGACUGAUGUUGAUUAUCGUAACAAAAAUUGUAUUUAUAACAAUUAAACUACGGUACGUUGAUUAAAUUAAACAAAUAAUAAUAAUAAUAAUAAUAAUUUAGCCUUACAUUUAUAAAAAGAACUGCGCAACAGUAACUUUUUUAAUAACCUCGUUGUUUUAAAUUUAUUGUCAAUUCUUCUAAUUGCAACGCGUGAAUACAGAUUGAAAAAAUUAUAAUAUUAUGCAUUAAUAUCAACUAACAUUUGCUGAAAUCGUAAAAUUUUUUUUAGUGCGCUCAUGAAACAAAAAACCAAUAAUAAUUUGUAUGAUUUUAAAUUUGUAUUUUAUGAAUAUUACAUUUACCGUUUUCGCCCAUUGAAAUCGAAAUAUUAUUAUUAUUUGACUACACUUUUGAUCGCUAAAUUAUUUCCUUUUUCAUAUUCGAAUAUAUUAUAUCAGUUGAUUGAACAUAAUAUAAUUUUUUUUUCUGUCGUACCUAUAGAUUUUAGUAUUAUACCGGCUCGGAAGCGAAGCGAAUAUCAUUAUAAAUGUUUAAAUAUAAUAUAUAUAUAUAUAUAUGCGUACAAUUUUAUAACUGUAUAAAUAUUAUUUUACCUUCGAAAUCGAGAUUAUACAUGUAUACUGUAUAUUAUAUGUAUAUUUGUGUUAUAUUGUUAUAGCUGCAGCUACAUUUAGCUUACAUUUUUAACAAUAUUAUUUCGAGUGAAUAUAUAAAAUAAUAACAGAUAUUUUCAUGGCCAUUAAAACUUGAAGCGUUUUUUUAUUAUUUUUUUUAAGAGAUUUCAUUGGGAUAACCAUAGAUUUUAUAAGUAUGGUAUUUUAUUAAAGGUAUUAAGUAAAUAUUGUUUACUUAUGUAUUUAUUGAUUUUUGUAUUAUUAUUAUCGUUUGUUUUUUUUUUUUAUGUUCCAAUUAAAAUUUUAUAUUAAUAUAAUAAUUUAGUAUAGUUUUUUUUUACAAUUUGAAAUUAUGUGUUUAGUUUUAGAUUCAGAGUCAAACAAAAAAUUUAUCGGCUGGGAAAUAUUGCUCCAUUCGACAUUUUUCUAAGAACUUUCUUGUAAAAAUGUUUAUUUUGUUGGCACAUUGAGUAGGUCACUUUUUUUUAUAUCCUUGGCAACAUUUUGUUUAAUUUUUGUUGAUUUCUGAAUUGUCUUUGCAACAAAGAAAAAUAUAAUAUGCAUAUUAACAAUUAUAUUACGACUAUUGUACUCUACUCAGAAUCGUUUUUCAUAAGAAAUGGAUAAUCGUUGCGUAUAGUGACAUUAAUUAAAUUAAUUAUACUAUUAGUUUUAUUUGUAAAAAAAUAGCACACCUAACAGAAGUAUUAGUAUUUUUUUUUUUUUUUUUUUAUAAAUUUCAUUAUUUAUUCGAUUUCAUUAUUUAUUAGUGAUUUUUGGCUUAUUAUUUUUCAAUUUUGACUUUGCAAUUUCGAUUUGUACAAUGUAUCCAAACGUAAUUUUAAUGACCUAUUUAGAUUAACUAUUUAUACAGUAACUAGAAAGGUAGUGGAAUGAGUCAGUCGAAUUCCCGCUUUUUGAACACAACUAACGUCUUACAAUAGCCCGUUAGGAAAACAAUAACUAGAGUAAGAGUGAGAGUAGGGCGAUCAAAAGAUAACCAGGUAAAAUGGGCCUUGCUCUUGCACCAGACGUUUCCACAAAGUUCGAGUGUGGUCAAAUACAGACCACGUUUCAUUUACUAAAACGUCCAAACUGCCAAUACUUCUGUGCAUUUGAUGACAUUAUUAUUGCAACGUCGAACGUCAUUGAAGUUGCAAAAUAUUGACAAAAAUGUACUUAUACAACUCAUACUUUCGGAACCAUUAACUUACGUGUUAUCAAUAAAGUACCGAUAUGACAACAGAUAAAUAUACUUAUUUACUGCAUUAGGAUUGACACGUAAAAAAAUAAUACUAGUUUUUUUUCGCUAUGUCGACAACAACAUUAUCAUUACGUCAGUACAAGUCAAGACGUGUGUCUGUCUCGGACAAAUUAUGUUCAAGAUGUUCGUUUUAUUUGUACUAUAUUUUUUUUAUACGGUUAAAAUAAAAGAUGUGCGUGUCGUUAGGAUAUCAUUACGUAAUAUGUAUACCGUGUUCAACUGGUGGUUUGUGUUAUGUAUAUAGGCUCUAUAUCAAUAUAAUCUAAUAGUACGGGUUGGCUACAGAUUUUUAGAGCAGGCUCUCUCUCGAUAAAGACGUAUAUUAUACCUAUUUCACACACCUAUGCCAAUUUUCGAGGCACAUCUAAGCUAUUUAUGUAAUAAAAAUGGUUUCGGGCGAAACAAAAACGAAUAGGAAAACUGAAAGAAAAAAAAACCGACACACAAUACGAGAAAAAUCGUUUUGGCAACCGGCCGGCCCUUCUGCUGCGACUAACCGACCGACCACGGGCGGAUUUCUUGCCAGGGUUACGGGUUCGCAGACAUUAUUAUUAUUAUUAUUUUUUUUUUUUUUAACGACCUAGUUUCGAUUUCCAGAGAUGUCGGUUUUUUUGUAGUUUAUGACGAUCAACAAAUAUUAUACAGAGUCCUGCAGUCUACCCUACGUCAAGUGAUGGAUUUGGAUGAUUCUUUUCUAUAUAGCUUUUGCAAGACUGCUUUAGUUAUUAAACGCACUGGAAAAAAGUAAAAAAUAAUAUAAUAAUAAUAAUAAUAAUUAUUUGAAAUCACAUUAAAUGGCUCAAAAUGCGUUAAAGUGCCAAAGAAUACAGCAGUUAUAUUUCAUACCUUAUAAAGUUAUGAAUAAGUAAUACGUUACUUUAAUUACUUUACAUUAUUAAAGGCUUAUGAAAAAUAUGAAUGAUGCAAAAUUUAAAGUAAAUUAAAUAUAUAUAUAUAUAUAAUAUUAUAAUUUUGCAAGCAAAAUAUAUCUACAUUCAUUAAAAAAAAUACUUUUUUUGAGAUUUUUUCUCAAAGUACGUAUUUUUGUAGUGUAAUUAUUUGCUCUUACAAGUUGAGUAAGCAAUAUAAAUGCACAUUGGUUGUUAUUAUUUGAUUAGCAAUACGCUAAUACUAAUAACUUAUGAUAAGUUUCACUUUUGAAUAGUUUACAUAAAUUGUUUGUAUUUUAACACAGCCAAUGGUUAUGACGAGUGGCAGCUUCCUUAUUUCCUUGAAUAUACAAGACUGGUCGCAAUGAUGUAGUUUUAAAUUCUAAGCAAAGCAAGAAGUAUAUUAAUUUUACAAUGAUGUUUAUUUACACUUUUUUUUUUUAAUACUGUUUACACAAUUUCUGCAAGAAAACUUGCUCUAGUUUUCAAGUGUACCACCUUUUCUGAAAGGAAAUUAAAUCUAGUUAGUACUUUAGGGGUGUUGUCUUCUGGUUUAAGUGGUUAAUAUAAAUACUACAAAAAAAACCCUGAAAAACUUAGGAAAAAUUACGAAAAUAAUGCAUUUACUUCAAAAAAUUUCAAAAUUAUUUUCAAUUUUGUUAUAGAUUCCGAGCGUUUCGAGGGAGCUAUUGGUUUUACUAAGAUGUUUAUUUUUUUAGUUUUAUUUUUUGUCUGUGGACACGUUUUUUCUUGUAAACCUGCUCCAAUUUUUAUAUGUAGCAACUUUUCUGAAAUCACAAGUUGUCUAGUUGGUAUUUUAAAGGGAUCAUUUUUUGAUUUUUGACGCUUUUUUUUAAAUAAAAGCUCUUAAGUGAAAAAAAACAAAAGAAAACGUACAAUUUUAUUUCACGUUUUUAUUAUUUUAUAAAAACACGGACAACGUUUUCUACCAGAAAAAAUGAUUUAAUCGAAAAAUCACAAGAUCCAUAUUUUGUUUUUUGUUUUUUAUUUACUUUCUAAUAUUAUCAUCGCCAAAACUUUCGAUCCAAUUUGGAGCUUUGAAGGAAUUUUAAUUUUUGGGAGUAGUUUUUUGCUGUAACUCGGUUAAAAAUACACGUAGAGACUUGAAACUUAGUAAAAAUACUUAUAUUGGACUAACCUAGACCUUGUAAAAUUACUAAAAUUAUCAGACGACUUAUUUUUAUUUUUUUUUUUUUUUGAUAAGCAUUUUGAAAUCAAAUUUGAACGAAAACCGCAAAAAAAAAAAAAUAAUGACGGCACUUCAAAUUAUGUAUUACCGAACUACGCUCGGAAUCGUCUUUCGUCUUAUGUAUUUUUACUUCUCAACUUCUCACCUACAACAGUGGCCACUCUUAUCCCUAGUAUCAGAUUUUUUUUUUUUAUUUCAAUACAGUUCAAAAUAAUCGUAUAGACUACUAAUUUGUUCAAAAAACUUAUAUUUGAGGAUUUAGCUAAAAGGACUAGCUCUAUAAGGUUACAAAAUAUGCACUAAAAUACUCAUUCUAUGCAUUUAAAUGAAAAAUAAAAUAAUCUAAAAUAUGAAGUUUGAAAUUAAAAACAAUAUUUCCUAUAUUUAUUUUACCUUAAGUAGUUAAUAGUAAAACUUGAUGGUACUUUCUACGAUUCUGAAAAUAAUAAAAACUAUUUUUUAAUUUUAGAUUCUGACUGAAGUGAAGAAACCUAUGGUUUUAAAAGAUUUUUAUUUUGUUUUUUGUUUUGUUUUUUUAAUUUUUAUCUAUACGAAACUUUUAUACUUGAAGAAUUGCUCCGAUAUUGACGCGUAGCACCUUUUAUGAAUGGAAAUUGGUGUAAGGAAGUCCCUAAAGACGUUAUUUUUCAAUUUUAUCAAGAGUUUUGUCAUUAAAAUUGAAAAACCGAGAAAAUGUACAAAAUAUAUUAUAGUAUAAUAUAUAGUAAAAUAUUAUGGCUUUUCUUCCCGUGCACAAUUUUUCUACCAGCAUUUUUUUUUCAACUUUUAAUGAUUACAAUGUUUCUAAAAGGAAGUUUCACUAGGUACUUUAGAAAGGUCAUUUUUUUCGGUUUUCCUAAGAGUUUUCCCGACAAAUGUGAAAUACCAGGAUAAAACAUGGAAAAACCGGGAAAAAUUUUGGAAAUCUGUGAAAAUCGAUACAAUAUUAAACAAAUAAUACUAAAAAAAUAUAUAUAAAGUCUAUUUAAAAAUUUUACUCUAAAAUGAUAUAUAUAUUUUGUUGAAAAACCAUCACUAUCAACUGAACUCCGCUCAGAAUGGUUUUUUAUAUGCAAUAGUUUAUCGUUGUUUAUAGGUGUACAUUAAAUUACCUAAAUCAAUUGCUGCAUUCAUCCCUAUUAUCCUAUGGCAUAUUUUAAGGAUGUUAGAUCAAAAUAUUGAUUUGAAACUUCAGGAUUGUAUUCAGAUGCAUGAUUUUUCAAUUACGAAGAUAAUUACGUAUUUUGUACGUUCAAGUAAAUAGCUUUCAAAAUAUAAUAAAUCGCAAUCAAAACGCCUAGUCAACAGUUUAGAAACACAUAACUUUGGAAUUUGAGUACAUUAGUGUAUCCAUCAUGAAUCGUGAGGGAGUAAAAAAACCUGCGUCCAACAACUUAAUAUGAUAAAAAUUAAAAAUAAAUUAAAAUCUAACAAUUUUGGUUGUAUUAUUGAUUAAAAUAAAAACGGUAUUUAAAAUAUUAACAAGAUAGUGAAUUAAUGAAAAUAUGUCUCAAUAAUUUUACAAUAGAAGAAAUAUGCCCUAAAAAAAAAUUGUAUUUUUCGCGCAAAUGCUAGUCCUUUCCCCAACCGGUAAGUCAUUUUAGCGCAUGCGGAUUUAUAGGCAGUUUUUUCAUUUGAUUCCACUUUUUUAUUGAACACAAAUAAUUGAAAUUCCGUGAAUAUAAAUUCUUAAUUAAUUUAUAGAUAUGGGUAAUACUGCACCAGCAUAACGGUAUUAUAUUAUAUCUACGAUUUCUGUAUAGAAAUGUUGAGACGCUCAUAACACAAUAUAUUAGUUCAAGAAAAAUCUAGUAAAAAGUUCAAUUCGUCGAAUCGUGAAAACGUGAAGCUGCAGACCUUAAUCGUCUUAAAUAUGAAAUUGCACGUUUUAUUUCAACUUUGUUUGCUAAAGAUUGAACGCGGUUCAAUGAGGUCUGCCCGAACCUACCACAGACAAUUAUUGUGGUUAUUAAUUAUUUUUAUUUUAUAAUUAUCUAUUAACUAUAUCAUAACAGCAAGGCUGAAAUUGAGUCAUUUUUAGAACUUAUCUAGGAAAUAAGCCAUUUCUGUCAUUUAUUAUUCAAAUUUAUCUAAAUUUAGAUUAUUUAUUACACUCUACCACCUGCAUAAUGCUGUCAAAUAAUUUAAUAAUUAAGAUUUAAUUAAAUAUUGUUAUAUGCAUAGUGAUUAAUAUUAUCCUGUUGUAUCAACAUACUAUUAUAUUAUGUGUUAUGUACACUUGGCGUCACAAAAAUCGCACCUAUUGCAAAUUAUUUUUCAAAGUAAUUUUAACUACACUUAAUCAUAUAUAAGGGUACUGUUAUGAUAUAUCAUUUGAAAGGUGAUGAAAUAAACUUGAAAAAUAAAUAAAUGGUAUGUGUUUUUGUUUAUCAGUGUUUUAAAAAAUAAGUUAAUCGUGGAAGAGGAAAACAAAUUGUAUUGAGGAUAUACAGUUUUACAAACAGAAACAGACAAUAGACUUCAUAUAAAAAUAAAAAACUGUUACUAAAUGUUAUUUAAAACCUAGUGCUACUUCCUCUUGCCUUAAUUACUGCUUCCAUACGAUCUUUCAUAGANUUUUUGAAAUAAUAUUGUUUAAAGAGUAUUCACGUACGUCCUUUUCAAUGUUUAGGAAGUGAAUGACCUGCAUUUGACACUUUAAACUGAUUUUGAUAUAGCCAAAGAAUAUAAGAUAAGAUAGGAGUAUAUUUAUACAUUUUCCUAAUGCACCGUAUACUUGGAAUAUGAUUAUUGUUUAUGAAAUGAAACUACUAUCGGAUAAGAGGUCAUUAACUGUACUUUCAAUUUAUAUCUUUAUUGUUAGGAUUAAAUGUUUUGGUUCGGGGAAAUGCCCGUUUGAAACUUAAUUUUAAAGAUGUGCGAUUUUUGUGACGCCAAGUGUAUAUAAAUGUAAUACAAGAAAAAAAAGAUGAACAUAUGGGUAAACCACCAUCACGCUGGUAGGUGAUUAAUUAUUAAUAAUUAUUAAUUGGAUUAUUUUAAGAAGUUUUUUACUUUUUUUCCCGGUUUUUCCAAAUUAUUAUGAAAACCAUUUGAAAAAUCAAAAAAUUAUCUUCUUAAUGUAUUAACUUGUUAAAAUUUCCUUUCAGAAAGGAUAAUACAUUUAAAACUUCGGAGUGAGAUUUCUAAUAGGAAUUACGUACAUAGUAUUAAAAAGAAAAAAAAUCAAAUAUCAUUGGAAAACUAAUACAUUCCUCGCUUCUAUAAAAAUCUUAAACAACAUUGAAAUAAUGAAAACAUUGUUUUCUUAAACUUUUAAGUUCUUUCUAUGUUUUUCAUGAUUUUUCUUGAUUAUCAAAAACAACUUAAUUACACACCAGUUAAAUCCAAAAUGCAACAAAAAAGAUCCCUUGUCAUUUUUCGAUCGGAUUCGAUUGGAUCGAUAUUUCUGAUAGAAAACAUAAAUCGUAUAAAUAUAAUAUAACUAGCUGAAAAAUCCGGCUCUGUCUGUGAGCAGUUUUUUUGUGUUACCUACAAUUUUUAUUUAUCAGUUUUUAUAUUACGGUUAUAAGAAAAGGAUUAUUGUGCUGAAAUGCUAUGUGUCCUCCUCUUGGCAUUGCCUGUACCUUUUUUUGGAUUCCUUUUAUUUUUAUUCCUGUCAUGCUUAAUAUAUCGGACGGAAAAAAAUAAGUGGAUAGUAAGUAGUCCCAUGGCAGACUAUGUGUCAUAAUAAGUUAUUUUGCUAGGCUUUCUUGCUAGAUCCACGUUUCCGAGGUAAAUAAAUAAACAAAAUAUAAAAUCUUAUAAUAAUAAUAUCGUUUUCCAUUACGAAGGAUGAUUUUUAUGGGUGAAGUAGUUUUGUAUUAAAAUUCUCUUAAAGCCUGUAACCUUCCCGGGAAAAUUUUGAUCUAAAAGCCUUAUCACAGUCGGAUGAACAGUUAAGGAAAGCAUAAGACAUAAAAACAAACGUUCAUUUUUAUAUAACAUAGCUGUCCUGGCAAUGUUUUUCUUUUGCUAGAUUUUAUCAUUAUUUUAUUUUUUUUUUUUAGCUAAAUUUACAAACAAUAUUCAGUAGAUACCAUAGAUAUCACAUAGUCAAAAAAAAAAAAAAAUAAUAAUAAUAAUGUUUACUUUGUUAUCGAGGUUACCUAAUCAACAAAAAUUAUGCCACAAAAUACCAAAUACCCUGUCAGCUAGUCUUUAGGAGUUGAAUUUUAAAAAUGUUAGUAGCUAUAAAGCUUCUCCGGACUACGUGAAACUUUUUCCAAAAAACCUCUUUAAAAUCAGUCCAGUUAUUAAGUCUAUAAAUGACAGACGGACAGAAAUUCUUUUAUAUAUAUAGAUAAAAUCAUACAGUUUUCUUUUAUAAUUUUUUCGAUUUACUUUGAAAAUCCCUUAGACAAUCAAAAAAUAACCUUUUAAUGCAUCAACAUGAUCCAAAAUGUAUUAAAACAGUUUUCUCUUUUAAUUUUUCGUUGGGAACAAGUUUUCUAGGUCAAAAGUUGUUCGUAAACAGAAGAAAAAAAACACACACAUUAUACUAAAAUCGAUGGAUCCCUAGCUCUGUUUUGAGUAAAAAAAAAAGUAAAUAAGACAAAAAUAUUAUUUAAUAUAAAAAUGUAAAAUCGAAACAUAUGUUUUGUAAUUUGAGUUGGUAUUUUUAAGAUGACUAGAAUUUCGCACCUUUAUACUUUAAAAGUUAAAUAUGUCACAAUUAGCUACAAAGAAAAAAAAGAAAAUAACGAUAUAAAACAAAAUUCAUUCGCUACGUUUAGAGUUGGGCGAUAGAAUGAAGUCGAGAUAUUUUGCCGAAAAAUUAUUAUCGUCGUUGUGUUCAGUCGGAUAUGCUCUGCACGCGGACCGUAUUAAUAUUAUUUAUAAUAAUGUGCACUCUACGUCGCGUGCCUACUUUUACACAAACUCGCUGUUCGUCUACUUUAUUCAACACUUGUCGUCGUACACAUUUUCGCGUACAACGAGCCGAUUUGCAUGCGCCCGUGCUAAAUUCCCGGACAUUUUCGAAAAUGUCACGCACCGUCGCCGUCGGAACAUAGUAUACUUGCUUAUUGGGACACAUGGACGCGAAAAACGAUCUGUCGUGGGCAAAAAACGACCGGGUUCCACGAUAUAUCCAGCGUGGCGGUAUUCAAAAUUGCGCUCAGUUUCCGCAUAGCAUAUGGCACUCUCCUUGCCGUCUUGUCGACCCGAUAAAAAUAAAACAAAUAAAAAAAAAAAAGGAGCAAAAUAACUUACCCCGAUGUCGGCCGCCGUGGUGUACGUGAUCGCGAUACGUAAUAAAUGACGUCUACUGGACGAGUCGGUCACGCCGGCUGUGACGACAGGUGUUGUUUUUUGAGGUUAGGGUCACACCCGGUACAGUGUUAACCCAUGCAGUUUAUAGGUGUCUUGAUUCAGUACGAGGGAAGAAUAGCCCAAAAAUAUACUAAAAUCACGCCGUUUUAAUGGUCUUUUUUAUGUUUCAAGUGUCCGUUAAAAUUUAACCUAAUUUCUACCUAACCUAACCUCUCUGAAAAAAAAAACGAUAUCUUAAUAAUAAAUUUAUUUUGAAUUUAUGAAAAUAUUCAAGCGUCACGGUGUACUAAUAUUUCUCGGUAUUCCUUUAGAACAGUUUAGUCUCUACGAAACUCGUAAGCUUCGUCAAAAAUUAAUACCUUAUUUGUGUUGAAAUGUGGAUAUUUUUCCGACUUCAAAUCGUUUCAAAGUUAUUACUUACUUAUUAAUGUAAAACUUUGGAUGUUUUGCUAUUUUUUUUUAUUUUUUUUUGUUUAUAAUAUUAUACGGUAAUAAGGCAUUUUGGACUAUAUUUUUAAAAUAUAUAUUAGACUUACUUUAGUAUUGCUGCAUUAAUAUUUCGCUCAAGCACACUUGGGAGUGCACCUAACUAUUAAAAUAAACAAACGUUACGCCACAUUUGUUAAGUAUUUGUAUAGUUGAAAACGUGGAACACAUAAACCGAUGACUUAUCAUUUCGUAGUUCUAUUUAUUAUUACCUAAUACCAUGCUAUUAAUUAACUAUACAGUUAGUGAAUAUAUUGAUAGAUCAUUAUUGACUUUGUGUUGAUUUUACGCUUGUCUGUUAAGUAUACCCGCAUAUUACUAUUAGUUCAUAUUUGAAUUGUGUAAACAGUUUAUUUUGUAAAAUGAUUAAUACGUUAAUAAAUUAUGUAUUUUGUGAGACUAAAUUAAAUUAAUAAUGUACCCACAAUAAAUUAUGUAACAAUAAGCUCGAUAUGAUAUUGAGUUGAACUCAGUUAAGUUCGGACAGCAUAGAUAAUCAUUUGACAUCGAUUUGUUGAAUUUUCCCAAGAAAAAGACCAUUGCAGUUUAGGUAGGUAUUUUAUUUGUUUGGUUUCUCGCUACUUUUGAACACUUUUAGCGGUUUUUCCCAGGCCAAAUGAGAGUUGUCAUAUAGUUUCAUAUGGUGGAUUGAAGUGAUACAAGUUGUAUUGAAUUUUAAUAUAAAUUUUAGUAUAUGGUUCCGGGAUGAGGAUCGCACAACAAUAUACUUAACACCCUCGUGUUAAGUUAGGCUUUGAAAACCCUUAUACGCAAUACAGACUUCACAAAUGAUGCUAGAUGAUUGUGCACCUAUGGCAUUAGUAUCAGAGAUGUGCUUUUUGAGAGUUUUACAAUCAUUAUAUAUGGUUAAAUUUAAUUUUUACUUUUUUUUAUAUAUAUAUAGUUAUAGUUUAGUAUUGCAUUUUAUUAUUUAACAUAUCGGUUAUUAAUUAUUGCUGUAUGAAGAAUAUUUCAGUAACACUAAAUAAGUUUGUUAGUUUUCCUGUCAUUAAAUAAAAAAGUACAAUAUAAUCUACCUGUGAGUUUCGAUUUUCUCAUAAUUCCUAAUUGUUUUUUUGAUAUAAACAAUAUAAUAUAAUGUAGUCUUUAAUCCCUUCGAGUUUCUUUUUGAUUUACCUACAAAAAUUAAUGUAGAUUUUAGUUCCUAUCGACUUUUUGAAAUAUAUAUUGAAAAAAAAAAAACUGCAAUUUUCCAAUAUGAUUGUAAACAUGAAGAGUACAUAUCUCAGCCGGCUUUAAGUUUAUCUCUUUAUAUGAUAUUUUUUCUUUUAUUCUUCUAAACAUUGAUGAAGGCUUUAUAUUGGCUGCAGUUUUCAAACAGACUAUUUCGUUUUAUGUAUUCUUGUUUACAUUGUACUUACGCGCAUACUUAUACAUUAUUUAUGAACGCUAUUGAAUGAAAACUAAAUAAUAAUAACAAUAACAAACCAAUAAUACCUUUUGAUAAUAUUUCUCUCCUUAAAUCAUAUUUUCUUGUACCUACAAUUGGAGUAUUGUUUUUAAUCAUUCAUAAUUCGAUAGUCGGUGUUCGAUGUACGAAUGAAAUACAAUAAUAAUAUGAAACGUAGUACCUGCACCGUAGACUACGUUAAAAUAUAUUAUGAACUUUAUUAUGAAUUUAAAAUCAAAUAUGUUUAUUAUGACUUUUUAAAAUUAAUAGUAUUACUAAAUCAACUAAAAUAAAACAAUAUUAUUAAAAUUUAAAAAAAAGUGGAUACUGUUAAUGGGUGCACACCAAUUAACAGUAUCCCUACAACACUGGUGCCAGUGUUGUAGGUGGAAUUUUGGGUAGAUAGAAUACAUAAAGUUAUUUUAUUUAUAUCUGUAUGCAACAAUAAAUCAUUUUUUGUGAAUUACGAAUCUGAACGAAGAUCGGUUAAUCACGUUAUGGCAUUUUUUGAAAAGAAAUUUUAUCUAGUUGUUGCAUUAGAAAUGUCAUUUUUUGGUUUUCCAAAGUAUUUUCAAAAUCAAUGGGAAAUACCGGAAACAAAAUUAAAGAAAAAAAGGCAAAUAUUUACGGUGCAUGGUGGUGUUACCGAUGUCAUUAUUUUAAAUUUAUAUUAACUAUGUUUUUAUAAUAAAAUAUUGUACCAAUAGAAAAACGAUAACAUAUCAUUUUAUUGAAUUUUUAAACUUAUUGAUCAGAAUUUUUGAUUUCCUAGUAGUUUUUUAAGUAAGUAGGAAAAUAAAAACUAACGAAAAAUAAAAAAUGAAUUUUAAAUUAUUUAAAUUAAUAACUAUUUAUAAACAUUUUAAUUUUGCGAUUUUACGAAUUUUUAUGUAAUUACUAUUUGGUAAGUACUGUGUAGGUAAAAUUGUCAGACUAAACAGAAAUGCUAUAAGAAGAAGUACAUAAUAAGUCAUACUUGGUGUUGAAAAAUAAAAAGAAAAAAAAGACGUCCGAGGAUAAUGAGGACGGGUGCAGCCACUGUUAUAGAUAAUUUAAUGUAUACCUGUAAUCAACAAUAUAAACCAAUGCUUACGAAAAUACGGUUCUGAACGGAGUUAAGUUGAUAGUGAUGCUUUGUCAACAAAAUAUAUGCCAUAUUAUAAUAAAAUAGUUAAAUAGGCUCUAUAUAUUUUCAUUAAUAUUUGUUUAAUGUUGUACCGACUUUUCCGGUUUUCCAAGUUUUUCACACUCGUUGAGAAAAUUCUGGAGAAAAUCGAAAAACGACCUCUCUAAAGUACCUCCCCAGUGAAAUUUCCUUUUAGGAGAAUUGCUAUCAUUAAAUGUUGAACCAAAGUUGCUGGUAGAAAAGUUGUCCACAAAAAAAAUAAAAACAUCUUUGUAAAAUCAUAAGCUUCUUCGCUCCAUUCAGAAUCUAAAAAUAUUGAGUGUAAUGUAGUGGUUUUAUAUACAAGUUAAUUAUGCAUCUUACCUUCCUGACUUCCUACCUAAAACUGUGGUGCAUCCGUUCCCAGUAUUGGCUCUUUUUUUAUUUAAUUUUUUUUUUUUAUUUUGUUAAAUGGAAAUUAUUAUUACAGUGUAAUAUUAUCGGUAUUCGAUUGCUGUAAACACGUCGGUAGUAAAACAAUUCCAGUUGGCGUAGCUAUAUUUUCGGUUCAGGUGUUUUACCACGGAGCGUGAGGUUGGUCCAUUAAAGAGGUCGGACCCUGUCUAUUAGUAGUCGGCAGUCGGUUAUCAAAACGCAAUACGCGGGUGUAUUUGCGGUGUUGGCGGCCUGAGUUAUUAUUGCAUAGGCAUGUAAACAGUAUUGAGUGUUACGACCGCCGGUAAACAUUAUAAUGUAGGUAUACGUGAAAAGGGAUUGGGUAGAGGGCCACCGCCGUAUUAUAUAUUGUAAUAGAUUAAUAUACAUAGUGUCGUUAAUAGUUUGUUAUGCAGGGUUAUGUACAGGGUAUUUCAGUGUUCAGGUUUAUCCGUACCAAAUUUUGAGAAAGAUGAUAUCGUUGGUAGAGCGUUGGUGAAGCACCGUAAAAUGCGUUUAAAUCUUAACAUGUUAUUUCGUUUAAUUUAACAUAAAACUCGAAACGAUGUGAAAUUUGUCGUCCCUCAAAACCUCUAUAUAGGAAUAUUUGUUAGACAUUGUCACUCAAUUUUUUGGGAUUUUUAAAUUUAAUUUUUUCGACGUUCUGAAAAUCCCAAAAACUGUGCGAUAUAUAAUAACAAAGUAUAUCAAAACUGUUUUCUAUGUUAAACGAAGACAUUAUUAAACGCCAUAUGUGUCACUGGCUUAAGCAGAAAUAUAAAAUAGGUUUUAUGGAUUUCCCUGGUCACUAACAACAAGAUGAGAUCAUUUUCAAAGUUUGAUAAACCUGAAACACCCUGUAUAAAUUAGGGAUCCGUGACGUAUAUAUACGAAAUGAUAAUAUAGAAGUAACGCAGUGUCGUCCGUCUCUGUAAAUCACCAUUGUCGACACACUAUAUUAUUAUAAUACUACUGCAGGAUAGUUGUCGGUACAUUGUUUUUGUUGUACGAUCUCAUUUCCGUUUUUGGAAUGUGUUUACUGUACGUGUAUAUAAACUAAUAUUUUAUGUACUCGUCGUAUAUAAUUAGUAUACAAGUUCAAAGGCAUUCGGACUAGGUUAUAUGAACGGUAAGUACAAUAAUAUAAUACAGUGUGUUAGGAAACACCGAACUAUAUCCAACCACGAAGAAUAUUAAUGUAUUUUAAUGCAUCACAGUGCGAUUAAAACGGUAUGAUAUUAAUAAUAAAUACUACGAAUACGGCAAGAUAUUAGUGACAAUUAAUUUCGGAUUUAUCGUCGGCAAUUUGUAUUAAAAUUAAUUAAGCAGAUGCCGGAUUUUCAACUUCUAUUGUUUAGCGUUUUGUGUAGAAUUAUAUAUAAGUGCAAGUUAAUCAAUCCGAGAUAAUAUUGUUUUUACAACAAUAAUAACUAAUUGUAAAAAAAUAAUUUAAAAAAUAAAUAUAAUUAUAACAGUCAAAUAUAUGAAUUUCGCUUAUGGUUGCGAGGCUUGGAGAACGAUCAAACAUACAGAAUCAGAUAGAGUAUUGGGAAUUUGUAUGACAAAACAACCGAGGAAAAAAUGUUGACCCACCAUCCAAGUAUAGCAACGAGGAAGAGUGAAGGAGAUUCCAUGGAGAUCCAUGCAAUGCAUUGAAAACAAUAAGAAGCUUUUUUGUUAAAGGACACCACAGGAUACAAUGGUUUGGACACAAACAAGAUGGCGCUAAAGUUACCCAUCGGUUUUGGAGAGCUGUAGAAUAAAUACUAUUCAACUUAUAAAAAUAAGGUUUAUAUUAUUCGAUUCAGUAGACAAUUGUUAUACUCGUACAUCAGGUUUAAAAUAUUACAUCUCUAAGAUGACGGUUGUCAGCAGCGCUGCACUCUUAAAAAUGAUUCCGGAAGUUUUCAAAUUUUGUUGGCAGUGGUUUAGACUCAUACUUCUAUCAAAACCACGGCGGAAACUGGCGUUAUGAAAAUUUGAUACUUAUGCAAACGCAUCGAUAUCCCUCUCAACUUCUUCCCAAUAUCACUGGCUGAGCUCCAGCCGUUCAAAACUUAUGCGUAUCUUAUGGUCAAUGCGAAAUACGAUUUGGUUAGCCCGUAUGUAUGUAUGUAUGGAAGCCCCCCAGGAAGAAUAUUUUGAUGAAGACCCAAACGAAAAUUGGCUGAACAAGUUUCGGCGUUGAAAACUGCCGCAGUGUAGAAUAUGGUGACGAAAACUCGUAGAGCGUAGGCAUACGGCGGUUUAAAAAUCAUUGUGUUUGUUAUUUGGGAAUUUCUCGCUUUACAAAACGGCGAUGAUCUUAAUUUAAUGUUCUCGUGUAUAUAUACAUUAUAGGGGUACCUACAUAUAACAUUAUGUACUAACAUUAUGAAUAAAGUGGCCGAAAACCGACAACCUUAAGCAUCCCGACACCGCCGCAGUAUCUGUAUGUACAGCAGCACAACCUGCACAGUGUGAGAGAGAAAUGCCUCGGCGUGCACUGCAAAUUAGCUAAUGGCUAUACUUAUAAUUUAAUGUUUUUCAAUUACUGCCGUGAUGGUUAUACGGGUCGGUUAGGUAAUAUAUCGUUUGUGUAUCUAAAGUAUAAUACAUAAUAAAACGUGAUCGAAAUAAUUUUAUUAUACUUAUAUUUCGCUUGGAAAUAUUAUGGAAUUUUAUAGUCUCCAAUAUUAUUAUAAAUCACGAUGAUAAAACAAAUAAUCGGCGCGAUCGAAACCGAACAUUUCUAUGCACCAUUGCCAUCAAAAACCGUCGUGGUUAGGUUAGCUUUUAAUAUAGCCAAGGUAAUCCAGAAAUUAUUUCAAACACGUCAUCUGCUGAAAAAUCCACAACGCACGACUCGAAAAAAUUGGAACAUUUUUACUAACCGAAAAAGCGUUUUCCGGGAGAUAUGAGAAACCACACAUUGUAAUAAAAUUAAUAGCUUCGUUAAACUUUGCAAAAUCUUUUUUCGAUUUAAUUCAAUAUAGUAUCAGGAUUACUAGGAAAAAUCCGGAUCGUUCGAAGUUCGAGUAUUCGGAUUAUCCUAAUUCUAAUCUAUUAAAAAAUAAUAAAGGUAUUAUUUAUUUUCCAAUCCAAGAUUUAAUGACGAUCACUGAUGACGGGUUUUUCAUUCCGUCGGUUUUAGAUGACCUAUCAAAAAAAAAAAAAAAACCCGAGAACAUUAUUCACCUAAUCACAUAAUUUACAUAAUAUUAUCGUGAUGGUGAAUAUAAUAUCUUUUUUCAACAUUUUAAAUUUUGUAUAUACUUUCGGUGGUAGGAUGGAAGUGGCGGCACGGUGUCGGGACUGCUGGUUUGUUGUAAAACUUGUUCCAUAUUUUACAGACGAAUGUAACUAAUACUGCUGCUUUAAUAUGAUUCCGAUCGCAAGUUGCACUUCACGCAAAUCAUCGAGAGGCAGCAAAUUGAUAUUGCUAAUACUAUAUUUUUAUUAUAUCGGGGGUACGGCGCACAUGUACGCGUAUCUUAGUGAACGUUUUAGGAAAUUUUUUUAUAGGUUAACAUUAAAAUGCCGUAUCGCUGCUCAUCGCUCGACGAACGGGUCUGUGGAUCAAAUAAUAAUUUAAAUAUGUACCACGUUUUCUGCCGCUUUGUUAAUACAUAAUAUAAUAAUUUUAUGUAUACCCGUGUGCCAUCACACAUGCAUUACAUAAAAUAUAGUGUGAUCGAUUUAAUCACGAACCAGCGAUUUACGCGGGUCUCGGAACAACCCAAGUGAAUUAGAUUUAUGUUUUUUUUUCUGAGUGAAGUGAAAAUUGUAUUAGUUUUCCAAGUUGUAUUUUUUUCUAUGGCUGUAAAAAAAUUGUCUACUAAAAAUAUCGCUUUAAUCAAAAACUUUUUAGGAAGAUGAUGCAGUUUUUCUAAUUUUGUCGGUAUAUUAAUGUGAUCAUUUUUUUUUUCUGGUUUCUCUAAUCAUUUCCUUUAUAAAUAGGAAAAACUAACAAUUUUUUUGUGUUAUUUGUGUAGAUUUCUGGGUUACCUUCGCAACAAAUGGAAAAUACGAUUAACAAUAUGUUACUCAGAAUCGUUUUUCGUUCCGUAUUACAACUAUAUUCAUAGUUAUUACUUGUUGGAUUAUUUCACUGAAACAGCAGUUCACAAAAUAUACAAAAAGUUUUUAAACGUUUUCGUUUUAAUAUUUAGUUGGUACCUUUGUUGUACUUAUGCAUAGUAUGUUUUUCGCUUAUCCAGGUAUUUACUUAUCGAUUUUAUGCAUCGACAUUUUUGUUUAAAACCACGAGUAAAAGUUAAUACGUCGCGUUGUGUCCUAAGUAUAAUUAGCAUUUUUUUUUUUCAAUCAUUUACGUAUGGAAUCGUUUAAGCCUAAUUUUAACACUAUUUUAAGUUUGUUAGCUCUUCUCCAAGCACCUUAAACGAGUAUACACUUUUGCUAUUCAACCUUUGAAAAACACAAUGUGAAAGUUUUUCUAAAAAUAUUGAUAUGUAUAAUUCUACAAAUAUCGGAUUUGUUGUUUACUCUAAGGUGAAACAGUUUAAAGUAGAGACUCGAGGGGUACGCAUUUGGACUUCGUAUCAACCUGUCGUUGAUAAAUUACUGAUACCUAACAUAAUAAAAAUAAGCUAAAUUAAGUUGAUUAAUUAAUCUUAAACUAAUUAUUGAGAUAUAAUAAUUUAUGUUAAUAUUUCAUUAAAAAAAAACGAAUAAAAAAAAAUACAUAAUAAUUGAUAAAACUUUUAGUGAGCAAUCGGUGAUUCAUAAUAAAUGAAUCGCCCUGUAUAAUAUUGUGUACGGAGUGAGAAUAAUAAUAAUUGCUAUAAACAACGCCCGCGUAUUCUCUCGGUUUAAACAGCGGGUCGGGAAAAACGAAAAUCUACGCGGACACGCCGAGUCUGCAGCUUACAGGUCUUUAUAUAUCUACGUCAUAGUACAUAAUUCACUGCCGCGAGUCUAAUUUUUAUUAAUAUUUAUGCGUUUUAAUUUUUAGAUUUCGUGCCGUAUUCUCUCUGUGCGUAUACGGCAGUAUUUGUUUGUUUAUCUAGAUAAUAAUAAUUAUACGGAAAAUAAAUUACAAUUGUCCGUGUUUCCAUUUUAUAAGCGUUUUUAUGGAGCCAAAAAAGUUUUAUCCUCAUAAGCCCGAAAAUAGUAUACGCGAAAUUCCAGGAUUUUUACGAUCGUCGUUAAAUUUGUACUUUGAACGCGUAUACAUAAUAUAAUAUAUUAAAAAAAAAAAAAACCUCGACUACAGAUUUUCCAUUUAUUAUUGUCUUAGUGACAUCAUAAUAAAAACCAAUACGUACCUUGUAUUGAAUUUUCGAGAAUUUUCGAUGUACAAAAUCAAUUUUAUCAAAAUACUGGAAUUCGAAUACUUAACUCCAAAAUAUUAUACAUCGACCGUUAAGAUGAAAACUGAAACAACUUCAAAAAAUAAAAAUACAUCAAAAAUGAGGUGACCAAACCAAUUGUUCGUCUUUUAAAAAACAAUUCAAUUUAAAAACGCAAUACAUAUUGAUAAGUUAUUGAACAUUAGAGAUAUUGAGCUAUUGUUUCGUUUUAGUUUAACAUAGGCUUCCAGACGUCCAGGCUUAACGUGUAUCGAGUAUACGCAUUGCAAUUAAUUAAUUUCUUUUUUAUCUGUGAACAACUUUUCUAUUUUAAAUAUUCCUUCAAUUAUCAAGUGUAGUAUCUUUUUUAAAAGGAAAUUUUAUUUGAGCGUUUGCUCGACAAUUAUUAUUUUACGAUAUUCUUAGCGAUUUUUAUAAUAAUUUAGAAAACCCGGGAAUAAACGCCGGGAAAACAGAAAAACGUAUGCAAUUUUGUUUUUUUGUUGAGUUAGAGUUAAAAUAUUUAGAAAACCUAUACUUACCAUUUUAAACGUGCUAGAAUUUUCUAAAUAUUUUAACCGUUUUUGAGCUAUUCAUAGACUAUUCAAUUUUGCUAGUAUUUUUACGUAAUUUGUAUUCGGUUGAUACUCUCUAGUCUGUGGAUAUAAUAUUGUUCGACCAAAAAGAUGUGUUUGAAAAUUUAACAGAAGGUUCAUUAUGUGUCGUAUUCUUUGAUACGAUUUUUUUUUUUUUAAUUUUUGUAUUAAAUUUUUACAAAAAUCCCAAUUGAAAUCACGUAUAUUGAUUAAUCGUACCAUACAGAUGUAUAUUGAAUCCGUUUCCAUAUUCUACUAUCCCAAUUUCUCACCUAAAACAGUUGCCUUCCACACCACGCGAAUUAUGUCGAUCGAAAAAUGAAAUCGUUCUUCCGAACAAAAGUCCUAUCUUUCGAGUUGUUGUGGUCUUAAACUGGAUAGUCAAAUAAUACGAACAAUAAUAUUUGCGUUCAGAACAUCGGCGGCCAUAACAUUUUGUGGUGAUUGAAAAUAAAUUUCUAUGGUUCGUAUGAUACAAAUAUUAUAUUUUUGAUAUUUUUAUAUAGAUACCGAAGUCGGGCGAAUUUAUAAUUGGAUUUCGUUUUGCAAACGCGCGACCCCGGCAACAGAAUCCUGCCGCAAGGCAUCCCGCCUUUCGUAUUUUCCCUCCGCGUUGUCCGAUCUCAAGCUAAAAGCGAAUACACGUAGACACUUCAAACCGAUAGUCUAUUAUACUUAUUUUACGUGACGAAACGAAUGCGUUUUUUUUUUUACGUUUAAACGCGUAUGCGAUGCCUUUUAACGAUUCACGAUCGUGUAUUCUGGCUUGUAUCGUUUAACCUUUCGCCAUACCUCACGAGCAAACUGGACAACAUUCCGCAGCGCUCUUUUCACUUGAUUAUUAUGUUGUUGUAUUUCCCCUAUCCCUGUUCCCAUAUUGCUUUUUUCGCUUUAGUUUUUGGGUUUCUACUUCUCUCAGGCCGUUCGUUCGUCGCGUUUACACGCCCCCCGUGGGUUCGCUUUUCAUUUUAAACGCUGCGCAAAUCUCGUAUACAUAACUCGUAUAAUGUAUCGUCUAACCAUGAACUUAUACAUCCAGGCGUGUAAACGCUAUUUGGCUAGUGACAUUUCAUUUCUAGGACAGAAACAAACAAAAUAAUAAACGGCGUUAGUUAAAUGGCUGUCCUCGGAGUGAAAAUUUGCUUUCGUUCAAGCUAAGCUUUAUAUCAGCCUAUCUGUUUUGAUCGGUUUGACUAACCACGACUCCUGGUCCUCGGGAGGAUGUUUUAUCUAUUCAGAGGCGGAUUUAAUUAAUUUUUUAGAGGGGGGGGCAAUAUCCUUUUGGUCUAAAGUUAUAAUUUUAACUAAUGUGACCAAAUGUCAGUCAAUCAAUGUGACCACUGGCUGCAUAAUAUGAUAGCAGACUACUAUCUACACAGGCUAUGAUUAUAAUUUAUGAACAAUCUGGAAUUCAAUACAGAUUUCUGAAAGAAAUUUUUAUUUAUAGGUAGUUUGAUGUCUAUGGGAGACAUGGCCCCUAUGACCCUUCCCUAAUCGUCAUACCGGUGUAUAAGAUGUUUUUCUCGUCAGAUUUCUGCAACCAUCUAUAAGUGAUUUCAAUAGCUAAAUUUGUAUAGUCAUUAUAUACACUACGGUAUCGUGCAGUGCGGCGUUUCACUCCGUCAUAAACUUAUAAUAUUUGAAUAGCGUUGAAUGGUCUGCAGAAAUUGUUGCAGACCGAUAGUUAUUUUAUCUGACGUUUUCCACACAUUCAUUUAUCCAUUCCAACAAAACAUAGUAAGAAUUUCAUGAACGUUUGUAUCAAGAAGAUGCGUUACCUUCCGUAUCCAUGGGGAUAUACAGCGUUUAGUUUUAAAUAGUGUUUCAAAGUGGUAAAAAUGUAAUUCCCCGAAAAGUUAAUACUUUUCGAGAAAAUGAGUGUCUUACGUUAUGUUGAUCACUGCGUAUAUGCCUUACAUCCUUAAUUUCUCUAUUUCUAUUACGUGACGAUAUUCAAUGAACUAUCGUGACGUAGUUGGAUGUUGCUCCAUCGGUUUGUCGCUUCUAAAUAUUUUGAAAAUUUUAUCUGAGUCUAUAUUAUAUACGUUUAUCGAUUUAAGAAAAAGAUUAAUUAUGUAUUUUAGAAUAAAAAAAAAAAAUAAAACCGGAUUUUCUACACUGUUCUCUCGUCAGUGCUGCAGUAUUUUAUUUUAGUAUACAGAGUAGUACGCUGUACAUUAUUGACUUUCGCUGUGUUUAACGAAUAAAAUGAGCUCUGAAAACGGCUGCUUUUUAUUUUUGAACGACAUCAUCGAAAACACAAUGGAAAUGUACUGCGAACGGGAUACGGACGAACAGGGUAUUUGACGUAAUCUCCAUUUUCUAACAAAACGGGCACGGGACCCGAGGAAAAUCCGUUCUUUAUAUUCGCAGCCGGCCAACAAAAGUUGUUUACGAAAAUAUUAUCAUUUCACGUCCACUACUAUUAACAGCAUAUGAGAAAAAAAACCGUUUUCCAAAAAUGUAUACAUACAAUGACGUAUAUGUAUACUUAAUGUCCCGUGAUGGUUAUACUUUUUUUUUUUUUUUUAGUGGUCGUAGUUUCCAUACAUUAUUUACGCUCGUAUAAAUUAUUAUUAUAAUAAUAAAUUACUCGUGAAAUUAUCAACACCCUGCAUAAAUAUAUGUAUAUAUAUGAGGCUCGUGACCGUUAGUUUAACAUUUUUUUUAUCUCGCAAUGUACCUAAAAUUAGAGAUUUUUAUAAUUAAUCAAAUAUUAUAUUAUGUAUUUUUACUAUAUACCUACGUUUUUUUAUCACACUUAAAAAUAUACGUGAUAAUUGUAUAAAUUAGCCGAUAUGGCUGAUGGGUGUGCGACUAUUUUAGAAGAAAAUUUGAAAUGAGUAUAUAACAUAGAGCAAUUUAAUUUAUAUCUGUACGCAACGUUAAACCAUUAAUAAUGAAAAGAGAUUCUAAAUGGAGUAUUUAUUAUCGUAUAUUUCUCGCGUGGUUAAGGUAACCUAGAAGUCAACAAUAAUAAUACAAACAAUUAAAAGAAAUGUACAAAUAUAAAAACAAUUUUGAAAAAAUCAUAGUAAAAUCAUUAGUAUUGAGCUUCGGUAAAAACCUAAAAAACGAACUUGAAUUGAACUUUCGAGUAUAUACGUACUGACUAAUAGACGACCAGCGAAAUUAAAUUCGUUUAAUAAAUCAACUAAAAAUAUAGAUACUUGUACAAAACGUUUGUGAUUUUUACGAGUCUCGUCGAAAUUGAGUACUUUUAAUACAUUUAUAAUAAAAUAAAAUUGUGGAAAUCGUUUUGCAGAAAAUUAGUACACUCCUUAACAUUAGUACAAAUAUAUUGCAUUUCUCAUCAUUUCAUAGAUAUAUAAAACAACUAAACAUCCGAUAGUUUUGGGAUAUGGAGUUAACGUCUACAUAUACUAACAGAAUGAAUUAUAUUGAUUUGACCGUUUUCGCCAUGGUUUUCGUAUGGUCGCAUAUAUAGAGUCGAAUGCGUUAUCAAAUUCAAAUAUUUUCAAUAUUAUCACUUCUUGGCUAAAAUAAAUAUUUUAUUCGUUAAUUAAUAUAAAAUUCGCCUUCUUAUUAGUAUUACAAUAUAAUAGCUAUCAAGCUUCAUACUUACUCAGGGAGUCGAAUAGGUUAAAAUAACCCCAAGGAAUAUAGCCAAAUACAAAAAUCGCCAUUUUUUUCAUAGCCAUUUUAAUUUGGACAUUAUUAAAUAUUGUACUCAUUUGUUCUAUAUAGGUAUCUAAAAAUGUCGAUUAUAAUCUCUCAAUAAACACGCGUUUUAUUUGGUUUGUUUAUCUGUUCUCCGCAGGCACAGUUGUUGCGACCCCGCCCCGACCGUGCUGUCCGGCGCCGGUAUAUGUCUAAUCGUGUUGGGCUACACGAUGUUCGGCGCGUUCACGUUCAUGACCCUGGAAAACGGCGGUGGUGGAGCCCGGGACACAGUGCAACAGCAGAUCCGCAACGGCCAGCAACAGCAACAGCAGCAGCAGCACCAGCACCAGCAUCAGCACCAGCAGCCUCCCGUUGUGGGUCAGCAACAGCAACAGCUACAGCAGUACCAGCUAGCCCGGAACGAUAAGCUCCGGGCGCAGACGGUGGAAAAACUGUGGAAGAUCACUGAAGACCUGAACAUAUUGUACCGGGAUAACUGGACCCGGUUGGCCGAACAGGAGAUACUCAAGUUCCAGGACACAUUGAUCCGCAAGUACGGUGGACCCAAUCAGACGGACCGGAGGCAUAGGUGGAACUUUGCGUCAUCGUUUCUGUACUCGUUGACGCUCAUCACCACCAUCGGUAAGUAUAGUCAUCGGUUGGUUCUGUCAGUGAACAACCUUUUUUAACGAAAAAUUAACUCCGGUGUAUAGUGUAUAUUACUUUUUAUGAAAGAAAAUGUUAUCUUGUUGACAUUUUAGACAAUUCAUUUUUUUGAUUUACUAAGGAGUUUUCAUAAUAAUUAGGAAAAACCAGCAAAUAUGAAACGAAAACUGAAAUCCGAAUUUUUUUUUUUUUGUUAUUCUAAAACACAUAAUUAAUCUAUUUCCUAUGUAUAUUUAUAUAGACAAACGUAUAUAAUAUUCAAAAUAUUUAGAAGCGACAAACCGAUGGAGCAGCAUCCAACUACGUCACGAUAGUUCAUUGAAUAUCGUCACGUAAUAGAAAUAGAGAAAUUAAGAAUGUAAGGCAUAUACACAGUGAUCAACAUAACGUAAGACACUCAUUAUCUCGAAAAGUAUUGACUUUUCGCGGAAUUACAUUUUUAACACUUUGAAACACUAUUUAAUAACUAUACGCUGUAUAUCCCAUUUUUAUACGAAGUCAAAUUUUCGAAAUACUCUUGCUAUUCUCGGGAUAGGUAUUUAUAGAGAUUUGAUAUUUUCUUGUUUUUUAUGUAUUUUUUUUCUUUGGUAGGUAUCUGUUAUUAAAAUUAUAUGACUUAUGAGAAAUGUUUGAAAAUUUAACACAAGGUAUAUUAUAAGUUUCCCUUAAUGUUCUAAAAAAAACAAAUUUGUAUUUAAUGUAUUACUUUUUUUCUGUAAGCGUUUUAAGAUCAAAUGUUGAUGGAAAUCGUAAAAAUUACAAAAAUUUUAAAAUAUGUCUUAUUGAACAUCGCUCUGAAUCGUAUUCCGUCAGCAAUAAUUUAUUCAUUGCGUACUGAUUCAAAUUAUCCUAAAUUAAACUUAAAGUAUCCUACCUUUUCACUUAUAAAGUGGCCGCACCUGGCUCCAAUAUCUAUUCUUUUUGUUUUCUUGGAUGCAGACCUUGAGAGCUUUUUGCCGCUUCCAUCAAGUCUCUAUAUUGUUUUUUAUCGUCCGUGUCCUCAAUUAUCGUCGUUACCAAAUAUUUCCACUCUAUCAAACUAUCUAUGGUGGAUUCUAUCUCUUGGUUUUAUUUCAUUUGGAUAAUUAAUAAUGACCUUAGGUAUUAUUUUAUCCUCUACCUAUCAAGAUGGCAUGUAAAACGUUUAGUUUUUAAAUAGUUUUGUAUGUUUAGCUUGUUAGAAAUGAAAAGUUAUUAGUGAAACACACUUAAUUGUUUAAAAUUUAACAUGAUAUACAUAAAUAAACAAUAUCAAGAUGUACAUCAAUAGUUAAUUAUUGUUUUUUACGUCUUUUUUUUAAUCUACUAGACGUGCACCGUAUCCGUCACAUUUAAUUAUAUUGUGACUGGAGAUAAUGAAAACAAUUUUUUUUUUCUUUAUCAUUUACCUAUACACAAAUGAAAAGUUAUUAAAUAUUUAAAUAUUUACCUGUAUCUAGACAAUUAUUGAGUAAUUAUUACAUCUUUUGUUAUCUCCAUUUAGAGAUUGUUAAUUAUUCGAGCAAAUUGCAUCCCUUUUAUUUAUCUAUAGAUAAUUUUAAAAGUGCCUUUAUAUACGACACUGCUCGCUUGAGACACAUGUGGUAUAGUGAUGUCAGGGAUAUAAGAAACGCGGAACCUGGAGAAUAAUGGUUGGAGGUAGCGGAGGACAAAAAUUUACGGAGGAGUAUAUUUUGCUCGGAGGGCUGAUCUUAAAUACCGUUACUCCUUAAACAGAAGAAGAAUAUACGACUCUACAAAUGUCAUAACUGUGGCUAAAUAAACAUGAAUGCCAAGAAAAUAACAAUGUGCACGUCUUAGCUGACGUCAAACGGAGCAAGUCACGGUACAAACAGUUAUUUGAUUGAAAAAUAAACAAUGGCUGUUGUCUUAUAGUAUCAAUAUUGUUUUAAUACGAAAAAAUUUAAAACGGCGGCGGGAAAAUGACGUCACUCGGAGUGAACGAUAGUUAGUUUUAUGGUUACCUCGCCCGUUUGCUUAACCGUCAUGGUUGCCAUCAAUGGAAACGCCAAAAAUAAUAUCACGUGCGUGGGUACUUUAUCGAAGUUCCAAAGCGAUAUAAUAUUUUUUAUCUACUCGGAUUGUGAAGAAGAUUUAAAAACGAAUACACGCUUACCUACCCACGGCCACGCGAGUAUUUCGAAACACCAUUGCAAUGUAAUAUAUAGGUUUUUUUAAAUAUUUGAUUACGUACAGCGCAUCCCCGUAUACAAUGUACUUGUAUACCUACAUCGUAAAUCUUAACGCGAGUACGGUAUCGCAUAGCGUGGUGUAUCGUAACUCAAACGAAACAUUAUAAUAUUAUCCGAGAACUUAUUAUUUUUGCCGACGUAUCUUUAUUAUUAUUAUUAUUAUUUAAAUUGGUAAUAUUCCGUGGCGUUCGCAUAAAUAUUAUAAUCCUUAAGUGUGCGUGUGUGUAAACAUUCGUUUUUCCUCCGUGAAGACAACGCGACAUUUGUAAAUUAUAUUAUUCAUUUUUUUUUUUUUUUUUUUUUUGCUCGUAUUAUUUAUUUAAACUCGUCCCGCGCGUAUCGUAAGUCAAAACGACGAGCUUAAGCGAUCGGAUUAAAUAAAUAAUAAUAACGCAAAAAAAAAAAAAAAAAGAGAAUAAUAAUAAUAACAGACCCGGCGUGAAAAUGAUUUAGCGCGGACGCGUUAGAUAAUUUAUUUUAUUUGUCUAGAUAACAUUAUAAAAAACCGAGCGCCUAGGUUAUGAUGGCGUUGAAAUAUUUUUUGAAACCUAUUAAGUUUGAAUUUUUUAAAAAAAAUAUCUGAUACUCCCCACUGGAGUGUGCCACUUUUUUAGGUGGAAAACCGGGAAUAUAGAAUGCUCGCCGUUAUUUCAUUUUUAUUUAUAUACGCAACGGUAAAUCAUUACUGACAAAAUUCGAUUCAAAGUUCGUACCAGGCACGAAUCCAGAGUAAAGAUCUGGGAAAGGGCCUAACAAUUUUUUUACAAUUAAAAUAUAACAAAAUAUAUUGUGUAUAUUAUUUUUUCACACACAUAAAUGAUUGGAAUAUAGUAAUAUCAGGAUCUGUAGAAUUGUAAAAAUAAUUCGGAAAAAUAAUAUGUCUGGGGGGCCUGAACCUCUAGACCCCCUUUUCUUGGAUCCAUCCCUGGUUCGUACAACCUUGUUUUGAAAUAUUAUGAUCUGUACGAUUUUUAUUUAAAAUUUAAACUUAAAUACUUUUUUUAUUCAGUAUGCUCAAUUUUUUGUUUUCAUCGUAAAGUACAAGUUAUGAUGAAAUUUGAAAAAAACGAAACAAAAAUAAAUAAAAACUUAAAAAUUUCAAAUGCUUAUAAAUAAAUCGCCAGAAUGUUUUAUACAUUUUACGUCGCCUAAAAAAAUCCGAUUUAAGUAUUCUGGGAAAAUUUAAAGUCUCAUAAUUUAUUUUUAACUUCAUAGUGAAACUGUCAGUUUCGUAAACUUUGCCAUUUUUGCAGGUUUUACCAGUUGUUAGAAAAUUGCAAGGAUUAUUUAAAACCGACUACUGAACACAACAAUAGGCAACAAGAAACUUCCACUUUUUGUAAGAUUUUCAAAAAAAAAACAUAAUCGAAAAUAAUGAAAAUUUGUUCGUUUUUUCCAUACGUAUUUAGUGGUGUUCUUAAUUAUUACGAAAAUUGCUUGGAAAUCAAAACAAUACACCUUUAAUGCACCAAUUAGAUCUAAAACGCUAAAAAAAAAACUUGUAAAUUUUGAUUGGAACACAAUUUCUAAUAGACAAAUUGUUUAUGCAAUUAAAAAAAAAAAACUCGUACAUCUUAAUAAAACCAAUACGUUUCUCGCUAUGCCCAGAAUCUAAAAUAAUGAUUAAGAGGACUGGAUACCGAUAUAUCGUUUUUAGUAUGAGAAAUAAAUAUUUUAUCAGUAAACUUGCAAAUAUAUCCAUAUCGAACCCCGCAGUACGUAUAAUAACCUUUUUUUUCCAUCCCCGGAAUACACGAACCCGAGCAAAUUAUUCAGGUCGUGUCAUCGGCUGAAAUUUCGAUUCGUACAAAAUAUUAUAAUAUCAAACUCGGUGUACACGGUCGAAUUAUUCAGCGGUGUAUGUUUAAAUUACGAUACUAAGGAGAUGAAUUUUUCUGCACGGAGGGGGAGAGGAUCCUAUCCGCCCGACUCUAUAAUAUAAUCCAGAUUUGUAUAUAUAUAUAUAUAUAUAUAUAUAUUUCUGGGAACAUAAUGUUGUAUAGAUUAUUAUUUGGGUAUCUUCGAAUAGACAUUUUUUUUUUUUCCAUAUUCGAAUGUCCAUUUCAUACCGCGGUAGUAUAUAUUAAAGUUUAUGGGAUACGGUUUAUUUAUACAAUCACUCGUCAUCUAUAUAAAUACGUGAAUAAUAUUAUUAAUUGCUAUCCGUUUUAAUGAAUUUUGUGUAAUUUCCCCAGGAAUUAUAAAUCCGAUGUUUUCAAAUACUUCUGGUUAACCGCCAGCAUAAUAAUUAUAAACUUCUGGACAAUUAUUGUUUAAACUGUUUAAAUCAAUUUUUGUGUUUUUGUCAAAUCUUCUCCAGAGAUAAAAACGAUUGCACUGUGGCUCUUUGUCUGUUCUAUGUGUAUAUAUAUAUCAGUGGCGUGUGGCAGUAUUUAAAGCAAGUGCCGGAAAAAAAAAAAAAAUAACAAUAAUUGACAACCGUUAACAAAGGUAAAUUAUAGUUUAAAAAGAAAACCUUAAAAAACUUAUAUACUAUGUACAAUCUAUAUUUGAUUAUUUGUUAUGGAUGCCAGUGUACGUAAAUAAUAACAUUAUUAUAGUGCGUGAAAAAAAAAAAAACCAAAUUAUCGAACGUACGGUAUGAAUAGAUCCGUUUCUAAAAGAUAACUAUAAUCGCAGCGCUUACCAAUAGCUGCGUAAAACCGUGAUAUCCCGUCCUACCGCAACCGUUCGUGCUUGAUAUUAUAAUGAUACGAGCCGUGUAUUCAAAAGCCCAAGCGUUUUUAUCAAUACCUAAAUAAUAUACAAAUUUAACGUUUUUUCUUAUUACAGAUAUUUAAAAAAAAAAAAAUUCCUUGCACUAAAAAUAUGGUAUACUUUGUCUAUUAACAUUCAACAUUGAAUACGUUUCUUUUUGAACCUCCCCUUUUUUAGAUUUUUUUAUUUUUUCAUGUCGUCAUGUAAAUUUGAAUUAUUUUAUACUAUUUGCUUGUCGUGCAUAUUAUAUAUAUACACAGAUAUUCAUAAAUUGUUCAUUUCUCUAAAAAUACAUUGAUAUCAGGACCGAGCACAUUAAUAAAUCAAAAAAUGUCCAAAAACUCGCAUUUUUAUUUCCUUAAGGACGCAACUUUACAUAUGCAAAAUUUAUCUAAUAGGUACCUGUUGUGCGUCAUGCAACCAUAGGCGAAUUUUCGAUAUUCGCCGAAACCGAUGGUUCAUGCGUGAAUAAUCACCGUUCACUGUCAAACAUUCACCGUUUUGCCGAAACUCAAUCACAUUUAUAGUUGUAUACAUCAAUAUGUAUAAUACAUAUAAUGUUUUGUAAUUUAUUUUUUCUUAAAAAUACACAACGUAUUACCUGCCAUCGUAUAUCAGUGCUAUACUGAAUGGCACAUAAUAAUAAAAAAAAAAGGAAUGUAGUAAAUUUUUUCAUAAGCGUUUAAAAAUCAUAUCUUAACGCAAUUUACACCAUUUACACCAGAACAUCGCUCUGAAUCGUUUUUCUUAACCAAUAGGUUAUCAUUGUAAUAUACAUUAAACGAUUUUAUGUAAUACAUCUCCCCAGGUUUCUCAUAAGUACACUUACCCAACUUCUCACCAACAAUAGUGGAGCUUACCCAUUUUUUUUUUUUUUUUUUUACGUACACUUUUUCUACGUAUUUAAAAGAAAAUUAAUAAUUGUUCGGUGUGCUUACGAUAUGCGCAUUUAAAUCGCUUUUCACGAAUAAAUUACACGACGACGAGUUGUUACGAUAAUACGAGUAGUCAUACUACACGUCGGUGAAGUAACUCACCUACGGUUGUUAAGUAUAGCCUUACUGAAUUGUGCCGGUGCGAAGCGAAUAUAUAUUACAGAGUAAUGGCAACGCUCGUAAAAUUAAGUUUCAUUAUAAAUUUCGAAAAAAAUAAAAUAUAUAAUAUAUAUUCACCUGUGAUACCGAAUACGAUUUAUUGUACGCAGCACAAACCCUAUAUUGUAAUUUUAAUAAAUGUUUAAGAUUGCAAAAGUUUUAGGUCAUGUAACGAAAUUAGUUUUACUGAGCUUUUUUGCUGUUUCUAAACGAUAGAUUUUUUACUAGAAAUUUUGUUACAAUCUUCAAAUUUGCGAACGAUUUAAGGUGGGCAAUUUCAUCUAGUGGUAAUUGCGUUGAUGGUGUCAUUUUCUAUGUUUUUCUGGUAAUUGUAAUAACUAGCUACAAUAAUAAAGUUAAGUGUCCGCGUUCGUACGUGAUUCACAGCCGAAUAAUCAAAUUACGUUACGGCUCGAUGUACACACUGUAAUGAAUUAACUCCUAAUCUAAAAAAGGACUGGAAUUAAAUUAGCAUUAGCAACGUCGCCGAUUGGACCGCAGGUAUUUAGCAGAUAAAUUAGCAGACAUCUUUGUCUUUAAAACAACCGUGAAAAUUAUUAGAUAUCUUGAUUUUGAAGGAUUUUUUAGACAUGAAGUUUAUUUUUCUAAUUAUGUAUCUUAACGAAUUCGAGUAGGUAUUUUGUUUGCAGUUAUCCGCUAGUAUAGUGUUUAAUGAACCGACUUUUAGGACACACGGGUUGCAAAUAGGUACAAUAAUAAUUAUAUUUUAACAUCGUCAACUUUUAGACUCUGAGUGGAGCGAAGAAGCUUAUGGUUUUACAAAGAUAUUUUUUUUUCUGCGGACAACUUUUUCGUAAGCAUUGGUUUACAUCGUUAAUUAAAGGUAUGCAUUAAAUUAUCUAUAACAGCGGCUGCACCCAUCCCUAUUAUCCUAGGGCGUCUUUUUUUCUUAUGUUUUCGCAGCUGUGACCCAAAUCCAUUCUAUACAAAUGUACCCGCGUAAAUUACGUUACGUCGGAAAAUUGUUAACUGUAAUUGUAAUGUGUUUAAUGAGAAAACUACGUAGAUAUACUUUUUAAAUAUACAUUGUGAUAAUUAUGGCAUUAAAUGUAUUGAAAUUUCUGAGUACCUUCAUCAAUAUUUCUUUUUUAGCUACGAUUAUCAUUUGAAAAAAAUAUAAAAAACGUUUUUUUAUCAUAUUGUAGUACUCCUCUCACGUCAUACUCUAAAACGUAACGCGUAUCUCUUUAUGUUUAAUAUUAUAGUGUUAUUAUAAUAAUAUUCCUCGGAAAUGAUUGUAAUCGUGUUAUUAAAAGUGAGUAAAAUAAUAUUGCUUCCCUUUAUAAACUGUGUUUUUUUUUUUUUACGAAAGUUAUUUUUCUCGUGAUACAAGGCGGUUUUAUACAAACCUGGGCGCAAUAAGUUGAUGAAUUAUUAUUCUUCAACUGAGUUAAAUUAAAUUAAUUGAAAAAAAAAAAACCAUCGAAUAAUUAUUGAAUUAAUUGAAAUAAUUAUCGAAUUAUUGACAAAAAAUUGUAAUAGUUGGCUAUAAUAACCGUAUGACCUUCGCCAGUGACCUAUAAGUGUUAGGUCAUGUAACCUAACCCUACCGAUUUCCCCGUUUUUCCUACGUUUUUUCCGGUUUUCCUAUGGAUUUUUCCCAGUUUUCAAAUUUUCUGGGAAAAUUCCGGAGAAAAUCGAAAAACGACAUCUUUAAAGUAACUCUAGUGAAAUUUUCUUUUAGAAAAAUUGCCAUCAUUAAAAGUUGAAGCAAAAUAAUUGCUAGUACCAAUUUGCUUUUUUAAAAGGUGCUACACGUAAAUAUAGGAGCAAGAUUUCUGGUAGAAAAAUUGUCUAUAGAAAAAAAAAAAAAACAUCUUUGUAAAAACAUCAGCCUCUUCGCUUUCGCUCAACUCAGAAUCUAAAAAAGCCAAGUAUUAGUAUAAGUAUAAUUUUCUUACUGCAUAGAAAAUUAAAAUCGAUUAUUCUCAGACUUAUUUUGAUAUAAAACAUUUUUGAGAAAACACUACACUCACUUAUUCUAUAAGUAAGUUUAAGUAUAUGAUGGCGUUUCGAACAGACAUACGGCUGCGCGAUUAUUUCGAUUAAUCGAUUAUUAAAUUUUUUUUAUUAUUCGUUUGACGAUCGGUUAUUUUGAAUCAGUUAAAAAUAAUCAAUUAAUAACUGUCCACUUUCUUAAAUUCGAUUAAUCGUUUAUAAUAGAAUAUUAUUAGAAUAAACGAUUAUUUUGGGGAAAAAAAAUUAUCACGCAGACCUAAACGGAUAAUAUGUUGUUUAUCCAGAAACUGUAUUCGAGAUAGUCGAACCAAGUCAUUCGUUGCGAACAUAAACAGAAUAUUAAACGUCGUGCAAUGCGUGCGAUUGCCGAAUGCGCGGAGGCACUCACUAGAUAAGGGAAUGGAUAAAUCCCCUUGUGUGUUUUCCAUAACAUUAAAUAACAUAUAAUAUUUUAUAUUCGUAUUGAUAUAUGAGUUUUUUUCGCAUCUAUAAGCUGAUUUUUCCCCUGGCUGUUUGUGAUCAAAAGACGCCAUUUUUUUUUUUUUUUUUUUUGGUUUCUGUAGCAUAAUCAACAUUUAUAUUUUAACGUGAUUCACCAAAACUUAAGUUCGCGCUUACGCUAAAUAUAAUAGGAAAACCGAAGUCGUUUUCGUGGCUUCCCGCAUUUUUCGUCUUUAUGAAUUCAAUGUAUUUCGUAUAUUAUGUUUGUGUAAUGCAGUUUAUAUACAUCGAAUUUUGGAAGGGGAUGAUAACGUUUUUUUUUUUUUUUUUUUUGAAAAAAAACAAGACAAAUCGAAUAGGAACGUGGACAAUUAAUAAGUGACGAUUGAAACUCCGGUGGACUGGUGGCGAAAUGGAAUCGUAUAUUUUUAUUGAUCAGUGAGAACGAAGGAAAAUUGUUAUUGUGAAAUCAAUGCCGCAACUGUAUCGGCCAACUUUCAUCGGUUAAAUCUUGACAUUUAAUUAAUUAUUAUUAUAUAUAUAUAUCGCAAUUGAACCAUAUUUUACCAAAAAAAAUUAAGAUGUCAGAUUUUUCGGCUCAUCAGAACGUGCGAGGUUAAGUACUCGAUAAAAACAUACAAAUAACAUUAACGUUCGUGAUUUGGUGAUAAUACGUAUGCCUACUAGUUAAUAGAACACAAUAUGUUAGUUUACAUUCAUAACGUCGGGAAGGGGGAACUAAAGCAGUCUUGUUAUCAUAUUGACUUGUGAAAUAUUCUUUAAAACGCCACGAGUUAAUAUAUUUGACAGUUGGUCUAUAGAUAAUGAUCAAUUUGAAAAUGUAUAGAUAGUAUUGUCGUGAUUAGGUAAAAAGCGAAAACUCUGAAUACAUUUUUAUCCUAAAAUAGCUUUCGCACAAAAUCGCAUGCAUUUUUUGAUUAAUAUUUUAAUAAAAGCAACUUAUGUAUAUUCUGACCGUUGUCCGUGUCGCGACAAAUCCGCGUCCAGUUGUCCACCGACGGAAUCUUCUGAUUUGGUUCUCCUCCUAUAAAUAUCCUUCCACGUACUUUUUCAACGCGUCUUCCCCGUAUCUCGUCAUUGAUCUUUCCAAAGGUCUUUUUCUUAUUGCGGGGUCCGUUACAGGCCGUUGUAGUAAUGAAUUAUAAGUGGCGCGUUCGGCCCGUCGCAGUUGGCUUUUCCGUUUUUUCGAAAUGGUGUCGAUGAAAUAUUAUUUUUUCCCAACGCGUAUAGUUCGUAUCCGCGGCUCUUCGUAUAGUAUUUCCUCCGUCUCGGCCGCUGUAAGAAUAUUCUUUCCGGUAUACAUCGCCAAAUGGGAAAAUCGAAAAACGUCUAUUCUUACGUCGAGUACAGUAUGUUAUACAAAGGAAUUUUACGCAUUUUUCUCGCAACGAACCGCUAUAAAAAUAACGGGGCGUUUUAUAACAAUGAACUAUACGACUCCGGCCUUGUGCGUACACACGCAUGUUCACUUAAUGUAUGCUAUAUAAUUUUGUACACCUUCUGUAAUACUAAAAAUAAUAACGAUGUAAUGAAAUCGUAUUGAUUACGAUAAUUCGCUACCGGCGACGGUUUUCAAGUUUUGGCUGUGACCAUAAUAGUAUAGUAUAGUGUAACAUGCAUUAUAUUAUACGAGUAAUCGGCGUGCGGAAAAUCGCGCGUACACCGGACGCAAACCGUUUUCUCUGCGUCCAAAAUCAACGCGAUAACGGCAGUUAUGUAGUUUAUAGAUACGCAGUUUUAAAGGCCGCCAAAAGAUAAGGUGUUUAGGACUCGACUUGGUAUACUAUACAGGAUGCUCGUGACGAUUCACUUUACCGUAUGCACAUCCGCGUGUAAUCGUCGAUUUAUGUGCAAAUCCAAUAAUAACAUCUAUGCAUUUAUGUAAAUUGCGUUUGUUUUGUGUGCGGUUUACUCGCGCGUUUUCGAGUCCUUUGCCUCCGCCCCCCCCCUCUCGGCUCUUCCUCUAUCCGUUAAAACGGUACUUUUUUUUUUUUACAGAUUAUUGAAACGAAAUAUAUGAUAUUGAUAAACAUUUUCGACAUCACGUCUGUGUGCAGUACAGUAUUUACCCCCGAAACCAAAAAACCAAAAAUAACAAAGACAGUACACGAAGAAUAAUCAAAUCGUUCAAUGUUCAAUGAUCGUUUUUUAUAACAAUACACACUAAAUAUUACCAAGUAUAGGACAGUUUCAUAUUUAACGUGGGGGAGGGAACGAAAGCUAUCUCCCUUGACUUUAUAUAUAUAUAUUUUUUUUUUUUUGGUAUCUUAUAUUUUAUACGAAUAACUACGAAUUCCAAUUGAAUUUCUUUACUUUUUAAUCUUAAAAUCAAUCAGGUGUGGGUACCUUGUUAAUAUAUCAAAAACAUAUUAACUGAUAAAUUAUUAUGGAUUGGUUAAAAAUUAUUAUUUUUAUUUACAUUGUUUUUACAAAGAAUGUGUUGCAGGUUUUACAAAGAAGUUUAUAUUUUUUUGUAAACACUUUUUUUACCAGAAAUCUUAUUAUGUUUAUCAAGUAUAGUAUUUUCUCUGUAAGGAAAUGUUCUCUGGAUGGUACUUUAAAGAGGUCAUUUUUUGAAAUUAUUAUUAUUCGAGUUAAUGAGGAAAACCUGAUUCUUUAGGUUAAAAUUGAUUGAAAGAUUAAAAAUAAGAUUGCCAAUGGCAACCGCUUUUAUUUAUUUUUAUUAUGAAAUUUUUAUUAAAAAAAAAAAAAAAUAUUAAAAUACAAUAAAAAAUGUUAUUAUAAAAUUUUUAUUUUUAAUUUUAACUUUUUUCAAACAAUCAUUGUUGUCAUGGAAAUUCACAUCGUCGUAAUCAUUUUACCAUAAUAUGUCAUAUAAAUUGUUGAAAAAGCAACGCUAUUAACUGAACUCCACUGAAAACCGUUUUUUCGUUUCAAUGGUUUCUCGUUGUUUACAUAUGUACAUUAAAUCCCCAUCUGUAUCCUACCACCCCAACUUCCCAAUUUCAAAAGUGGCUUCACUCACUUGUGAAGUAUGUCCGUCCUUUUUAUUUUUUAUCUAUAUUUUUUCCAAUAUCAGUUUCCGUAUGUCUAUAUCAUUAUCCAUUUAUUUCCCAUUAUUCACUCCCAAUAUAUCGUUUCUUUCCAGAUUCUAUCAGCCCGUUUUUGUCUCAGACGUUCUAGUGGGCUUAUAUUUUCGGGUGUUCAUGUUAUAACUGCCCAAAUUAUUUUAACUGUACUCGCCAUACUGUUUAAUCCGUCCAGCUAAUCUUUUUAUUUUUCAUCGUUACAACUUUAUCAACGUCUAUUGAUGUGUAUCUGACUUUCUGCCUUCCUGAUGAGUUCUUCGUUCGAAUUUCCUCUUAACUUAAUAGAUUAGGUCACUUUAAAAUUUCUUCUUAGAAUAAAUAACUUAUAUUUAUUAAUUCGUUUAUAAAAUUAUAACUAACUACGUCGGUAAAUAACAUAUUUCGCGACGGACAUAUUUUGGCUCGCUUGUAUGAAUUUCGGCCUACCGCAGGUUUUUUUGUUCUUCUUCAAACGCUUGGUGUUGAUGUUACAGGUUACGGUAGCGUGACGCCGCAGACACCGUGGGGCCGGGUGAUCACGAUCGUUUACGCGCUGAUCGGUAUACCACUGAUGCUAUUGUACUUGUCGACGAUGGGCGAGACGUUGGCCAAGAACUUCCGACGCAUUUACUCCAGACUAUGCUCGCCGUCGUCUGGACACCGUGACGACCGGGAAGAUGACGACGGCAUCGGCCGUGGUCGUUCCGGCAGCGGAAAACGAGCGCCGCCCAAUACGGUGUCUAGCAACCACGUGGGUGCCACGGACUACAUGGGCGGCAGUGGCGGCGGUGACUAUUACCACCACCGGUACGAGUUUGAGACGGUGUCUGGCGCUGCCGCCUACGCCGACAUGGCUAGCGGAGGUUCCUGUUCGACCGGUUCCAGCGGCAGUGGAGGCCAGAAACGCGUGCCCGUUCUGCUGUCCCUGUCCGUGGUCGCCGCGUACGUGGCGCUGGGCGCGUUCAUCUAUCAGAAACUCGAACGGUGGACCCUGCUGGAAGGAUCGUACUUUUGUUUCACCAGUCUGGGCACCAUUGGGUUCGGCGAGCUGGUUCCGGGCGGCGUCGAGUCCACAAAGGACGUGUCCGUGUUUGUGUCUUCCGGUUACAUACUUGUCGGUAUGGCCGUGGUGGCCAUGUGCUUUCAGCUAUUGCAAGACGAGCUGGCCGCCAUGUCUCGGAACUGCCGAUGGUGCUGCUGUUGGUGGUGGUGGUGGUCGCAACAACAACAGCAGCAGCAUUAUCAGCAGCAGCAGCAGCAAAUUCACCACCGGCAAAAGGAGCAGGUGGUCGUCUGCACGGUCGGAGGGGCCGCAGAAGAUGACGAUGCCAGCAGCCCUCCGCCGUCGUCUCGGCACAGCGGCCGCGGACGACAGUCUGGACCGCCACACCACAGCACCGUGCGAAACAGCGGGAGCGCUACCAGUUCCUGA